ACCGUCACCAUCAUCAUUCACCAUGGUUAAUUCUGCCACCUCAGACCACAAGCUCAUCACCGGUGUUGCUGGCUAUAUCCUUGAAGAUGUUCCUCACCUAGCUGACUACAUCCCUCAUCUCUCUACAUAUCCUAAUCCGUUGCAAGACAAUCCUUCCUAUUCAGUUGUUAAGCAGUAUUUUGUUAACGUUGAUGAUACUGUUGCGCAACAGAUAGUGAUACAUAAGAAUAGCCCAAGAGGAACCCAUUUUCGCCGUGCUGGGCCUCGUCAGAAGGUAUAUUUUGAGUCAGAUGAUGUGUAUGCUUGUAUUGUCACAUGUGGGGGUUUGUGUCCUGGUGUAAAUACAGUGAUCAGAGAAAUAGUUUGCGGCUUAUACCAUAUGUAUGGAGUACACAAAGUCCUGGGAAUAGAGGGAGGCUGUAGAGGUUUUUAUUCUCGAAAUACUAUUCCUUUAACUCCAAAGGUUGUCAAUGAUAUCCACAAACGUGGUGGAACCAUCCUUGGUACCUCACAAGGAGGUCAUGACACCUCAAAGAUUGUUGAUAGCAUUCAGGAUCGCGGAAUUAAUCAGGUUUACAUACUUGGAGGAGAUGGAACUCAGAGAGGGGCUUCUGUGAUUUUUGAGGAAAUUAGAAGACGUGGCUUGAAAGUUUCAGUGGUGGGAAUUCCAAAAUCUGUUGAUAAUGAUAUCCCAGUAAUUGAUAAGUCAUUUGGUUUUGACACCGCCGUUGUAGAAGCACAACGAGCUAUAAAUGCUGCUCAUGUGGAAGCAGAAAGCACUGAGAAUGGUAUUGGUGUUGUCAAGCUAAUGGGUCGUAAUAGUGGAUUUAUAGCUAUGUAUGCGACUCUUGCUAGCCGAGAUGUGGAUUGUUGCUUAAUUCCAGAGUCACCCUUUUACCUGGAGGGUCCAGGUGGACUCUUUGAGUUCAUCAGGAAAAGACUCACAGAAAAUGGGCACAUAGUUAUAGUAAUCGCUGAAGGUGCAGGUCAGGAGCUUAUUUCAGAAAGCCUAUCUGUUAUGGACAAGCAGGAUGAUUCUGGCAAAAAGUUACUUCAAGAUGUUGGUCUUUGGUUAUCCCAGAAGAUUAAGGACCACUUCACAAAAAGUAAAAAAAUGGCUAUAAAUCUGAAGUACAUUGAUCCUACCUACAUGAUUCGUGCUGUUCCAAGUAUUGCAUCUGAUAAUGUAUAUUGCACUCUCCUUGCUCAAAGUGCAGUUCAUGGUGCAAUGGCUGGAUACACAGGCUUCACAGUUGGCCCGGUCAAUGGUAGACAUGCUUAUAUUCCAUUUUAUCGUAUAAAUGAGAGACAAAAGAAGGUAGUUAUAACUGAUCGUAUGUGGGCAAGGUUACUAUCUUCAACCAAUCAACCUAGUUUCUUGAAUCCUAAAGACAUCAUUGGAGAAACACAACCAAGAACGCAACACCACGCAUCAAGCGGGAAGCAACUCGUGACUAAAUGA